CGCAUGAUUCAGCUGUGACCACGCCCCCACUCAGUGUUUCGCAUCCAUCAGGCUGCUAAUAUUGUAGCUGCUGUUUUUAACGGCAGAGACUUGUCUCUUUUUCUAGAUGUUCCUUCAAAGAACCGAGAACGACAUGCGCUUCAAACCGUCCCGAGACCGACUGUAUAGCGCGCGCUGCUGCGGCUGCUGUCACGUGCGGACUGGAACCAUUAUCCUGGGCACCUGGUACAUGGUGGUGAACCUGUUGAUGGGUAUUCUGUUGACCGUGGCAGUAACUCACCCUGAGAACGUUCCUACUGUUGACCUGCAGUAUGAAGUUAUUGAGCAUUACUUUGCCUCAGACAGGAUGUCAGAGAAUGCUUGUGUGGGCUUUGCCAUCUCUCUCCUGAUGCUCACUAUCAGUGCCAUGAUGGUGUAUGGAGCAAUUACUAAUCGUGAUGGUUGGCUCAUCCCGUUCUUUUGCUACCAGCUGUUUGACUUUGCACUGAGCUGCCUGGUAGCUAUCAGCUCCCUCACGUACCUGCCCAGGAUCAAGGACUACCUGGACCAGCUGCCGGACUUCCCCUACAAGGACAACCUGCUCUCUCUGGACUCCAGCUGUCUCCUGCUCUUUGUGCUCUUCUUUUUUGCCAUUCUUAUCGUCCUCAAGGCUUAUUUGAUCAACUGUGUGUGGAACUGCUAUAAGUACAUAAACAACAGGAACACUCCAGAGAUUGCCGUUUAUCCUGCUUUUGAGACCCCACCUCAGUAUAUCCUUCCUACCUAUGAAAUGGCUAUGACGAUGCCAGCGAAGGAGAUGCCUCCUCCUCCUUACAUGCCUGCUUGAAUUCCCCUGAAUGGUUUCGUCAGUAAAUCCAGUGCAGAUACCCAUCUUUGCCUUUUGAUCCUGCCCUCAAUUUCAACACAUUGAGGGCUUUUAGACUCCCAGCGUCUUCACAUCUUUCACAUAAGCAGCUUACAUAUUGUAUAGACUUAACCAUGACUAUUUCUUUCGCAUGACUCUCGUAACCGUUCAUCACUGCAGAUAUAUUUUUGUAAAAUCAUAGGAAGCGUUUGAAGAGACACAGUGUUGCGGUAAGGAUUAGUUGUGUGGCAGGAUUUAUUUUAAUUACAUAGUGUUGUAUCUGAGAAAUGAGACGCCAUUCUCUUUUGUGGACAUCAUGACUCGAGUUCUGCAAUAAAUUGUGCUUGCAACAGAAUUAUUUAGUUAAUUCAUAGUCAAUCACUUAUGAAACGUUUUUUCUGUGAUUGGGCAGAUAAUCUGCCUUUUUAAACUUUUACCCAUGAAAACAUUAACAGUACCCUCUCUCACCUUCAGAGUGUUUAUUUUUCCAUGCUUUCCAAGCUUGUGUUUUGUUUUGGUUUUCAUAUGUCUUAGUAGACGUAGUGUUGUGAAAACAAUAUUGCCCUAUAAUUUGACAGGGCACUUGCAUUUAGAAUCACUCCCCAUGGCUAAUAAAUCUGUUUAGACAAUCCAGUGUGAUGAUUAAAAUGUUUUUCUUUUUCCAUUGUGUACUUAUUAGUGAACGUAAGACUUUCAUCUUCUCAAAAGUGAAAAAGCUCAAAGCACGUUUUAUCUUGUUUUAUAUAAUUAGUGGUGUUUUCCAUCCAUUGAACCCUUGUGCACCAUCAUGUUAGCAGCUGUCAUUGUGAACUGUUGUCGUGGAAACACGCAACUGGUGAGAGGAAACGUAACUCUCAAACGACAAUUGUAUAGAGUAAAAAAGGAAACUGCUAUUACUGUGUAAAUCAAUGGAUGCAUGAUCAUUUUAUUUUGUGGUCUGUUUCUUUUCUUGUACAUGUUCUGUAAUCUAAUUACUUCAAUAAACAUUUCAAAACA